AUGUAGUAGCUAUCUUCGUGAUACACGCGUUAGCGUAUUCCACCAGUUCUUCAUUUUCCUCGUCACUUCACUUGAUGAUGACACACAGAAACCUCACUAAUUCAUCCCUUUAAAAAGAAGAAAAAAAACAAACCCUGGUUUCAUAUUACGAACAGUUUUCGUGAAUGGCGAUGAUAUGGAGAAGGGUAUUAGGAUUAGGUUUAACUAAAUCAAAAUCAAAAUUGAAAAGUCAAAAUUUUGAUCAAUUAUCAUCAUCAACAGGAGCAUUUGAUAGAAUACCAUUUGAUGUGUUUUUCCAAAUUCUGAUAUUUCUUGGACCUAAAGAAGCUGCUAGGUUAAGCGUGGUUUGUAAGUCGUGGAAAUUUGUGGUUUCUGAUAAUCGACUAUGGAUACUGUUCCUUCAUAACUUACAGGAGGAAUCUUGGGAAAAUAUUGAUUUUUCUGAGUCUUGUUUAAGAUCAGGAAUAGGCCACCCUCUUCUUCGCUCACUAUCUGAUCAAUCAACCUCAUUACGUUACAUGCUUAUCUAUGGCCAGCGUGCACAGCACAGGGGUGCUGUCCUUAUUGACGGGGGCUCGGGCUAUUCCAAGUUUGGAUGGAGCAAAGAUUCUAGUCCAUCUGGGUAUUCAGCAACAUUUAUGGAAUUUGGGGACUUGGAGUCUCCUAUGUACUCCAGGCUUCGACAUUUUUUUGUAACAAUAUAUGACAGGAUGAAGAGGAAACCCUCUACUCAGCCAGUUGUUGUGGCCUUUCCGAUUUGCCAUUAUUAUGAUACCGAAUCUUCUAGAGCAGCAAGGAGACAAUUGGAAGAGGCCAUCUACAGAGUCUUGUUUGACAUGAAUGUUCCUGCUGUUUGUUCCAUUAAUCAAGCAAUUUUAGCUUUAUAUGCAGCAAGGAGAACUUCUGGGAUUGCUGUAAAUAUUGGCUUUCGUGUCACUUCCAUUGUGCCCAUUUUACAAGGUAAAGUGAUGCACCAAGUAGGUAUUGAAGUUGUUGGCCAGGAAGCUCUAACACUUACCAUGUUUCUAAAAGAGCUGAUGGAAAGGAAGAAUAUGCCCGUUGGGUCGCUCUACACGAUCCGCACACUAAAAGAGAAUCUCUGCUAUGUUGCUUCUGAUUAUGGAAGUGAGCUAUCUAAAGAUACAAAUGCAUCAUAUGAAGUUACUGGAGAAGGUCAGUUUACUCUCUCGGAAGAGCGGUUUCAGACAGGAGAGAUCCUAUUCCAACCACGAAUGGGUGGAUUGCGCAUGAUGGGUUUGCAUCAGGCCGUCGCACUUUGCAUGGACCAUUGUCAAGCUGCAAAAGAAACAGAAGAAAAUGACAGAUGGUUCAAGACUAUAGUUUUGGCUGGUGGGACUGCAAGCUUACCUGGCCUACCAGAGAGAUUAGCGAAGGAGCUAAGUGGACUUGUUUCUGCAUCGAUGUUCAAUGAUGUCGAAGUUUUACCCCCUCCUCAUGGUGCAAACUCUGCUUGGUUUGGGGCAAAGCUUGUCAGUAAUUAUGUUUAUGUUUGUACAGGUGAGUACUUUUAGUGAGGCUUGGUGCAUGACGAAGAAGCAGUUCUGCGCCAACUAUGGACACCAUUCAUCAAUUCGUGGCAAAUAGAUUCUACGUUUCUGACUUAAACGUCGUCUGUUUUGAAUCACAAGAUAGGUACUGUCAACUUUGUGAAGGCAAUCAUGCAUUUAAGAAGCUUAUUGUUCCUAAAUUGCAUUCCUUUACUUGAUAGUUGAUACAUCAUAAUUCAAACCAUUAGGUUGUAUCUGCAUCCAUAUCUAGCUAUAGCACUUCAUGGCUGAAAAGAGAAGUUGAUAUUGAGCACUCUUUGUCUUAGUUGUCUAUGGAGGCAUGCUGCUGUAUAGAACUUUAUUCAGGUUGUAUAAUGUACUAUUUGUGGUAAAUAAUAAUAAUAAGAAAUCAAUGCGUAUGAGGUCGUAAAUAAUAACAAUUAUGCUUCAGUUCUGAUA